AUGUCAAUUUCAAAGUACUUUACUCCUGUUGCAAACGGGUCAGUUACUUUCAAUGGUGCAAACAUUCAAUUCGGUGCUGACACACAGAGUGAGUGUCGAAAGAAUUAUGACGCCGAAGGCAGUACGCCUGCUCCUAUUAAUCAGUUAAAUGAUAUAACAUUCCAGGCAGAGGCAGGUGAGAUGGUUCUGGUUUUGGGUAAUCCUACAUCCACCCUCUUCAAAACUUUAUUUCAUGCCAAGACAAGUUUAUCUUACUCUCCCCAAGGCUCAAUUAAGUUCAAAAAUAACGAGUUUAAACGUUUUUCCGAUAAAUGUCCUCAUCAGAUCAUUUAUAACAACGAACAAGAUGUGCAUUUUCCUUUUUUGACGGUAGAACAAACAGUUGAUUUCGCAUUGAGCUGCAAGUUCGAUGUUCCUAAGGGCGAGCGUGAUCAAAUAAGAAAUGAGCUUCUAAAGGAAUUUGGCCUAUCUCAUGUGUUAAAGACUAUUGUGGGUAAUGAUUUUUUCCGUGGUGUUUCUGGUGGUGAACGUAAACGUAUUUCUAUCAUCGAAACGUUUAUUGCGAAUGGUUCUGUUUACCUGUGGGACAACUCUACAAAGGGUCUUGAUUCUGCUACAGCUUUAGACUUUUUGGAGAUCCUUAGAAAAAUGGCCAAGGCCACUCGUUCUGUUAAUUUGGUGAGAAUAUCUCAGGCAAGUGAUAAGAUUGUUGAUAAAUUUGAUAAAAUUCUUAUGUUAUCCGAUUCUUACCAACUCUUUUAUGGUACCGUUGAUGAGUGUCUGGAUUACUUUCACGACACUUUAGGUAUCGAAAAAGAUCCUAACGACUGUAUUAUUGAGUACUUGACUUCUAUUUUAAAUUUCCAAUUCAAAAACAAAAGCAUCGGGGAUUUGUCCAACUCCUCGUCUUCUAGCAUUCUUAAGACUGCAGCAAAGGAGGUGACUAAGUACGAAUUUAAUUCUGAUCUGGAUUUCUAUGAUCAAUGGAAACACUCUUCGUACUAUAGAAAUAUAAAGCACCAGAUUGAAGAGUCUUCAAUUGAUGACUCCAGCAAAGAUAUCGAUUCCUCCGAUAUUUCACCUAUUUUUAAUAUUCCAUUGAAGAAACAAUUAUCAAUCUGUACAAAGAGAGCUUUUCAAAGAAGUUUGGGUGAUAAAACUUACAUGACUGCACAAUUUAUUUCGGUCAUUAUUCAAUCUUUGGUCAUUGGUUCUUUGUUUUACGAAAUUCCGUUGACCACCAUUGGUUCAUACUCAAGAGGUUCCUUGACCUUUUUCUCUAUUCUUUUUUUCACCUUUCUUUCUCUUGCAGAUAUGCCAAUUGCUUUCCAAAGACAACCCGUGGUCAAAAAACAGUCUCAACUUCACUUUUACACCAACUGGGUUGAAACGCUCUCAACAACAGUAUUUGAUUAUUGUUUUAAACUUUGUUUGGUAAUUGUAUUCAGCAUUAUCCUAUACUUCCUAGCUCAUCUGCAGUACAGUGCUGCUAGAUUUUUCAUUUUUUUGCUGUUCCUUGCAUUUUACAAUUUCUGUAUGGUGUCGCUAUUUUCCUUGACGACACUGGUUGCACCAACCAUUUCAGUUGCAAACUUGUUUGCAGGUAUUUUGUUACUAGCUAUUGCGAUGUAUGCCUCUUACGUCAUCUACUUAAAUGACAUGCACCCUUGGUUUGUGUGGAUUGCCUAUUUAAACCCUGCAAUGUAUGCUAUGGAAGCUAUACUAGCCAACGAACUUUACAAUUUGAAGUUGGACUGUAGUGAGACUAUUGUUCCAAGAGGCACUGCUUAUGAUGAUGUUCCAUUUUCUCAUAAAGCCUGCGCUUGGCAAGGUGCCACCCUAGGUAAUGAUUAUGUUAGAGGCCGUGAUUAUUUGAGGCAAGGUUUAUCUUACACAUAUAACCACGUGUGGAGGAAUUUUGGUAUCAUUAUUGGUUUCUUGGUAUUUUUCAUCGCUUGCACUUUAUUUGCAUCGCAAUACAUUAAACCGUACUUCAAUAAGGAUGAAAUUGAGCGCUCUAACAGAGGUUUGACAAAGUGGUUACCUUUCCUGAAUAAGAAAAAGUCUACGAAGUAUUCCCCUGAAAGUGGUAGUAGGUAUGAUAGUAUGCCGAAAUCACAUUCUGUUUAUUCUUCUUCGUCCAGCGUCUCAGCUGUUCCAUACCAGGUAUCACCUUCAAAUAAAGGAAUGGCCCUAGCAGAUUACAAUGAACAAAACGCGGAAACAGUGGAAACUCAGAAGCACGUUAUUUCUUGGAGAAAUAUUAACUACACCGUUGGUGAAAAGAAACUUAUCAAUAAUGCAUCCGGUUUCAUUAGUUCUGGAUUAACGGCAUUAAUGGGCGAAUCUGGUGCAGGUAAGACGACAUUAUUGAAUGUGUUAUCACAAAGAGUUGAGUCGGGUGUCGUCAGUGGUGAAAUUUUGAUUGAUGGACAACCGUUGUCAGAUGAAGAAGCUUUCAAAAGAAGUAUUGGUUUUGUUCAGCAGCAAGAUUUACACCUGGAUUUAUUGACUGUAGAGGAGUCACUAGAAAUAUCUUGUCUUUUGAGGGGUGAUGGUGAUAAAUCAUAUUUAGAUACUGUUUCAAAAUUGCUUAAGCUACCAUCCCAAAUGUUGGUCGCUGAUUUAAACCCUACUCAGAAAAAAUUGCUAUCAAUUGGAGUUGAACUUGUUACCAAGCCUUCUCUUUUGCUGUUUUUAGAUGAACCGACUUCCGGACUGGACGCUGAGGCUGCAUUAACAAUUGUUAAAUUCCUUAAGCAGCUUUCUUUGCAAGGUCAAGCUAUUUUUUGUACUAUUCAUCAACCCAGUAAGAGUGUUAUCAGUCAUUUCGACAACAUUUUCUUACUAAAGAGAGGAGGUGAAUGUGUUUUCUUUGGACCAAUGGACGAUGCUUGCGGCUACUUCAUGUCUCAUGACAACUCAUUAGUCUACGACAAAGAGCAUGAUAAUCCCGCUGAUUUCGUUAUUGAUGCCGUGGGUAGCAGCAAUUCCUCAGUCGAAAAAGAUGGAAUGGACGAGCGUUUAGAGGUGAACAAAGAAGCUAGAAGUUGGGGCACGUUAUGGGAAUCAUCUCCUGAAAAAAAAUUGGUUGAAAGGGAAACAGCCAGGUUGGAAGAUGAUGCUCGUGCCUCCGGUGUUGAUUAUACUACCUCUUUAUGGAAGCAGCCCUCUUACUUACAGCAAUUGACUCUUAUUACGAAAAGACAAUACAUUUGCACUAAAAGAGAUUUGACUUAUGUUAUGGCUAAAUACUGUUUGAAUGGUGGUGCCGGUUUAUUCAUUGGCUUUUCAUUUUGGAACAUCAAGCAUAAUAUCAUUGGUUUGCAAGACUGUAUUUUUUUCUGUUUCAUGGCUCUUUGUGUUUCAUCUCCAUUGAUCAAUCAAAUUCAAGAUAAAGCUCUGAAAACCAAAGAAGUUUAUGUUGCCAGAGAGGCUAGAUCGAAUACUUACCAUUGGACUGUUCUACUUCUAUCACAGUCAAUCAUUGAGUUGCCACUCGCACUAACAAGUUCAACGUUAUUUUUUGUUUGCGCAUUCUUUUGCUGUGGGUUCAACAACGCCGGCUGGAGUGCUGGUGUUUUCUUUUUGAACUACAUGCUUUUCGCUGCUUACUACUCAACGCUUGGUUUAUGGUUAAUUUACACAGCUCCGAAUCUACAAACCGCCGCUGUUUUUGUUGCUUUUAUUUACAGUUUCACAGCAUCAUUUUGUGGUGUUAUGCAACCUUAUUCGUUGUUUCCAACUUUUUGGAAGUUCAUGUACAGAGUUUCGCCAUAUACGUACUUUGUUGAAACUUUCGUCAGUAUUUUAUUACACAAUUGGGAAAUCAAGUGUGAUAUGUCCGAGAUGGUUCCCGGACAACCUAUGACAGGACAAACUUGUGGCCAAUUCAUGAAACCCUUCAUUGAAGAAUUCGGUGGCUAUUUACAUAACAAUAAUACUUUUACCGUCUGUGCGUACUGUACGUAUAGUGUUGGUGAUGAUUUCCUAAAGAAUGAAAAUAUGAGCUAUGAUCAUAUCUGGAGGAACUUUGGUAUCGAAUGGGCUUUCAUCGGUUUCAAUUUUUUUGCGAUGUUUGCUGGUUAUUAUUUAACUUAUGUGACAAGAGCAUGGCCUAAGGUUUUCAAAUUCAUCAAAAAGAUAAUUCCCCACAAAGGGAAAAAAUCUACAAAAAACUAA